AAUGAGGAGGAGGGAAGCUAGAUUGUGAGAGAACAAGAAAGGGAGAAGCAAGCAGAGGAAAAAUCUGAGGCAGAGUAAAGUUUGGUCGUUCACUUCUGCUGAUCAUUGCUGGAUUUUAAAGGCUCUGCCAUGGACUUAAGUCUAGUCCUGGUAAGCUUUGUGUUUUUCUUCAGGCUGUGUGGAAAAUGUAGAGGAUCUGAAGAGGAGAACUGUACUGACCACAAACUCCAGUUUGAGUGGGUUUUCUCUGUUCCUGGAGAUGUGGCUAUGCUGAGAAGCACACUGGUCUCCUCAGACGUCUUUGACUUCAAAACUGUCCCGUACAACAUCACGUGGUACAACUCAGUGUCGGGCCAAGAAAUCAGCAGUCAGGCUGGUCACAUCCUGGUGCACGAGGACACCCUGUGGUUUCUAAAAGUAACCAUGAAUGACAGUGGGGAUUAUGUGACCAUACUGAGGACUCCUUCCCACUGCUAUAGACAGGCCUGCCGACUGGUGGUGGAGGAAAGACUUCCAGGAGAAUGUGGAAUGCCAAGGAAAGCUGAGCAGCUACUUACAAAAGGAGUGACUGACAACCUGAGCUGCCCUCUGAGGAACGAAAUGAAUAAGCUGAACAGCUACAACAUCUCUUCCUCCAUCAAGUGGUACAGAGGUUGUGACCCCAUAGAGGAUGGGACAGGCGGCUAUGAGUAUUGGGGCACCAGACUGAAAAUUAUCAGUGUGGAACUUCAACACAAAGGCACCUAUACCUGUACUCUGACAUUCACUCUGGGUGGAAUCAAAGGGUCUGUAUCAGAGUCUAUUAAAGCAGAGGUCAAAGAGAGUUACUCUUUGGUUCCACAAGUGCAUGAACCCUCCAAUGAUGUAAUCAAAGCACAGAGAGGGUACAACUUCAGUAAAAGGUGCCUGGUGUUUGUGCCGGGUGUCGGGAAGCCUUCUGCUUAUCUUUAUUGGUUGGACAAAGAUGGAUUCAUUGAGACAAACACCUCUCACCGUGUCCACAUGUUAGAACAGCGUUUGCUGCCCCAAGAUGGCUCCAGUAAAGGUGCGUGGUUAGAGACCUGGCUGAUAUUUUCUGAGCUGAAGGAGGAGGACUUCUACAUAAACUACACCUGCCGUGCGUACAGUGACAGGGGCUUUCCUGAAGCAUAUUUCAGUCUGCAACCAGCAGAUUCAAACAUCAUCGUUGUGAUUGGAUCUGUACUCGGUGGUGUGAUGGUUGUCCUUAUUAUCACUUUCAUUGUCUACUAUAUUUCUAAGAUCAAUGGUGUGCUGUGACUCAGACUAGCAUUCCCAGUCCUCUUUAUCAAACACGGGGUUACCAGGGUGUCCAAAGGCUGCCAGAUUGAGUUGAGGGUAAUUGUUGACGCAAUAACAGAAGAAGACGAGAUGCGGGAGUUAAAAUGUGUCACUCAGAACAAAGGAGGAAGACGAGAAGUGUUAAGUUAUAUUUUUUGUCUUUUGUUUGUUGAGACCACCUCAACAAACCAAAGACAGGACAACCAAACCUUGAUAUGUAAAAACACUAAUCUACCUUUGCGUCUCUGUCUACAGACUCCACCUUUACAUGGGCGGUUGUGGCUGCAGGGGCUGUGACCUCAUUCCUCACAGUGGUCUCUGUGUUUCUCUACGUCCUCUUCAAACCUAGAAGGAAAAAGAACAUGGAUUACUUUCUGGCUCGGCAGAGCAGCACCUU